AUGGAUGAGGUGAACUUGGAAUCCUGUGAUUUAAUAUUAGAUGAAAAUCAGGAUAUUAAUUCUCUCGACGAAUUAAUUCUCCAAGAUAGAAUCACUCAUGAAAUGUUUGCAGCACAAUAUGGAGAUGUAGCUGAGUUCUUCGGGCUGCCUUCAAGAACAAACAAUGUGUCCGUUCCAUCUUCUGUAACAAACAUUUUCAAGUGGUCAGACGAUCAGACGCACUUCAUGUUACAGCGCUACAAAGAGUACUACUGCCAAGUUGGUCCACUUAAAAAAUUUAGAAAGAAAAAGGACAUGUGGUGCUUCCUCGCGCUGGAAAUAAACCAACACUUUAAUAUUGAUCUGUCUGGUGUGCAAGUAGAGGGUAGAUAUAAGACGGUGAUUGGCAAAACCAAAGCCGUGUUCCAAAAUAACCGGAGAAGCGGGGCAGUUAGGAAACAAAUUCCAUUUGAGUCGUCAAUGCACCCGAUCAUCCAAGCUGACGACUCGAUACUGCCGGAGGUGUGCAUAGGGCCAAACAAGCUGCUCCGAAAGGAAAAUAUUAUUGAAAGAAUAGAAGACCAUCCUGUCGCAGCAAAUCUUCCAUCAACUUCAGCUGCCAUAACAUCUCCAUCCACUUCAAGAAAUAUUUCUCCAUCCGUGCCUUCUUCGGAGCUACUUGCCACACCGGUUUCAGAUAUACCUAACGCCAUCACACCUCAUCUCAUCUCAUCAAGAAGCCCAAACCUCCACCAGCCAAGUCCUCCACUGAAGAAACAAAAAAUUUUGGAGCGCAUCAUGGCAGAUCGCAAUGAAAGAUCAAAAAUUAAGGAAAAAAACAAGGAAAGGCGCCAUGAAGAAAAGCUGCAAGCAAUUAAUAAAAUUGCAGACAUUUUAUCCCGUCUGGUGGACGACAACCGUGGGACAUCUUAAUGCCAAUUACAAGAAAAACAAAGCCAAUGAAAAAAAAUGUUCAAUACUUAUUUUGUUUGUGAUUUUUGUUUUAAUGAAAACAAGUUAUUUUUAGUUUUUAUUUUUAUUUUUAAUAGAAUGAAUUUUUAAUUUUAAUUAUUUAUUUUACAUACAUAGAAUGAUUUUUUUUUUGUUUAUUUACCU